AUGGAGCCCAUUGUCGAUGCCGAACAGGCCAGGAAGCUGUCGCUCUUCCGACCUCUUGGCUACCAGCGAAGCUCUUGCGGUUACUGCAAGUCUGAUAAUGGAAGUGCCUCUUACUACACUAGCUCGCUCUCCGUCCGUCCGGCGCAUUAUGAAACCCUCGUCAACAGAGGCUGGAGAAGGUCGGGCACGCUGUACUACAAACAGAACCUGCAACGAUCAUGUUGUCCCCAUUAUACGAUGAGGCUCGAGGCACCGGCCUUCACGCCUCGGAAAGACCAGCGGAAGGCCAUCAACCGCUGGAACAAGUUCGUUCUGGGCCCCGAGUACAUUCGUAGAGCGGCAUAUCUUUGUCCCAAGACGCGGGAUGAGAAGAAGCACCGGAAAUGCAACUUUGACCUCCUCUCCACGGUCCACGAGGCUGAAUACAGCAACGUCAAGCGGCCCAUCGACCCCAAGACCAAGAAACACUUGGAGCCUGCUCACCGAUUCGAGGUCAACCUAGAGGGUGACUCCGUUUCUCAGGCUAAGUUUGAACUGUUCCUCAAGUACCAGACCACUGUCCACAAAGAGGAUGUCUCCAAGUGGCAAACCAAGGACUUUAAACGCUUCCUCUGCUCAGGCAUCACGCGGUCCCCAGCCAAUGCUGCCAAGUCGGACGAAAAGAAGCUGGGCUCCUGGCACCAGUGCUAUCGAUUGGACGGGAAGCUCAUCGCCGUGGCGGUCUUGGAUCUGAUGCCAAGCGGGGUGAGCUCGGUCUAUAUCUUCUAUGACCCCGACUACGAGCAGUGGGAGUUCGGAAAGCUCAGCGCAAUGAGGGAAAUCGCCUUCGCGAUCGAGGCCGAGUACCAGUACUACUACAUGGGCUACUACAUCCACUCGUGCCAGAAGAUGCGCUACAAGGGCACAUUCCGCCCGCAGUACAUCCUAGACCCCGAAAGCUACGCAUGGGACCCUCUCGACGGCGAACUAUCCAAGAAACUAGACGAGCGGCCAUACGUCUCCCUCUCCCGAGACCGCAAAUCCCAAUCCCAAUCCGCCACCUCUGAACCAUCCACAUCAACAACCACCACAACCGCCACCGAACAAGUCGACGCCGAAGCCGAAAUCAACGACGAAGACGUCUCCCUCUUCGACCUGCACAUGCCCGGAAACAUGACAAUAGACGAAAUCAAAGCCAUCGAUCUAGAUCACUGGCUUCUCCUUGUCCAUGGGUCAUUCGUGCAUAUGAUCGACCUCGUGGGCUGGGAGCGGAUGCCCCUGGAUAACCCGCAAUCGGUCAAGGGGAUCGUGGCUGAGUUGGCGGCCGUGUUGGGUCCCGAGGUUAUUCGGAAUAGUGCGGUGGUGCUUUUUGAUUAG